AUGUCGGAGGUGAAGAAAGACGCCGCGAGACGUGUUGCAGAGGCAGAGGCUAUGGGCCAAGAGGAUGCAGUGCCGGAAGAUGAUGUCGCGCAGGCUGAUCAGCCCGAUAUUCAGCCAGACGACUUUGUGAACAAAAAACCGAUGCUACAAAAAUACAUCGAGGGGCGCGGUCACAUUUGCAUGUAUCUGCCCAAGUUCCAUUGCGAACUUAACCCUAUCGAAAUGCUAUGGGGAUUUAUGAAGUACCGCUAUCGCAAAGUAUCAGAUGGCAAGUUCUCGACUGCCAAAGUCCUCGUGCCGCAGUGUCUCAAAAUGUGUGACACAAUCACGAUCCGACACUUUUUCCGUAAGACAUGGCGCUACAUGGACUCAUACUCGAAAGGACUUGAUGCUUAUCAGACUGCAUUUGCAGUCAAAGUGUUCAAGUCACACCGUAGAGUCGGUCAUCCUGCCGAGAUUAAGGCUCUCAUGAGCCGCUGA